GUGGUGUAUUAAACAAUGCACAUUGUAUAGAUCUGUUCAACGCGGAUUAUUGAUUUAAAGGUUUUUAAAUCCCUUAAUACACUAUUUCAAUCACUUUCAAAAGUACAAUAGCGCACAUAAUGCCUUUAUCGGAUAUGUUCGUAACUGUUGAAAGAUUAAAUAACACUUUAAUAUAUGUACAAUAUUAGAAACUUGGAUUGAUAUCAGUGAUUUAAACAUUAAAUGUCAACUAUAAACGGGAGUGGAAAUUAAAAAUAUUUUGAAAAAUAAAUAAACAGACGUAUUAAUCUGAAGAAAACUGUAUAAAUAAAACAACAGUGAAACUUUUCAAAAACAGGAUAAUUUAGUUUCUUUGUGUAAUAUACUUAGAUAAAAAAAAAAGAGAAAAAAAUAAAAGAAAAAUUUCAUUGCGUCAAGGUUUUUUAGCAAAUAAUGGGAGAGUUCAAGACAUCAUUCAAUUCAAUCCUUAGCAGGGAUUUAAAACACAUUUACAGUGGCUUCCCGCAGGUUCUCAAAUACAGGCAUUCUGCGCCGUAUCCAACACAAGAACAACUCAAGCUCAAGGAAGAGAAUAACCAUCUGAAAACAUAUGUUCUCAAAUCUUCCGAGUUUGUUCCAGAAUACAGUUGUCUCAUACCACGUGCGCCAGCCUUCCGGAUUCUUUCCCGCCAUGAGGUUGAUGGGGUCGUUACUCGCCUGACAACUCCCACAAUAGCAAGCAGAGGUAUUUCCUUAACAAGUGAUAAAACAAUGAGAGAAGAAAAAGAGAAAUCGCACUCAAAAUAUCUCGGACUUCAGAAGAUUGAUGAACGUGAACAGACAAUGCUUACAGAGAGGAUGACGCGACCAACCCAGUCUUCGCGCAUGCGUGAAUACCAGACUAGGCGACAGCUGACGCAAAUAGGAUAACUGUUGACACGGAUUUUUCCUGUUCAAAUUACCGAGACAGUAUUAUUUUACCAUGUAUUUACAUUGCUAUUGUUGUUGUUGUCCUUUUUAAAUGAAAUGUUAAAAACAUUGUGUGGUUGCGUUUAGUAGAAGCCAUCAAAGAAAUUUGUUUACUGUUUUGCGAACGUCUUUCACAAGGUAGUUAAAUGUUAAAAUCGAAACUAUUUAUGACAAUGUCUUGUUAAGGAUAUAACUUCAGUUCGAACAAUAAAACAAGAUACGCUUCUUG